AUGUCUAAAGACUUUGUUAUUACCCCAGAAGCCACUGGUGCCUCCGCCAACACAUCUGAAUGGCCAUUGCUUUUGAAAGAUUACGAUAAGUUGCUAGUAAGAAGUGGACAUUAUACUCCAAUCCCUACCGGUGCUUCCCCAUUAAAGAGAGACUUGAAAUCAUACAUCAGUUCCGGUGUUAUUAACUUAGAUAAACCAUCCAACCCAUCUUCUCAUGAAGUUGUCGCUUGGAUUAAGCGUAUCUUGCGUUGUGAAAAGACUGGUCAUUCCGGUACUUUAGAUCCAAAAGUUACUGGUUGUUUAAUCGUUUGUGUUGAUAGAGCUACUAGAUUGGUUAAGUCCCAACAAGGUGCCGGUAAGGAGUACGUGUGUAUCGUCAGAUUACAUGAUGCCUUAAAAGACGAAAAAGAUUUAGGCCGUUCUCUAGAAAACUUAACUGGUGCCCUAUUCCAAAGACCACCUUUAAUUUCUGCUGUUAAGCGUCAAUUACGUGUUCGUACUAUUUAUGAUUCCAACUUGAUUGAAUUCGAUAAUAAGAGAAAUUUGGGUGUAUUUUGGGCUUCUUGUGAAGCUGGUACUUAUAUGAGAACUUUAUGUGUUCAUAUGGGUAUGCUUCUAGGUGUUGGUGGUCAUAUGCAAGAACUUCGUCGUGUUAGAUCAGGUGCUUUGUCUGAAAAUGAUAACAUGGUUACUCUACAUGAUGUUAUGGAUGCCCAAUGGGUUUACGAUAAUACUAGAGAUGAAUCUUAUUUAAGAAAAAUCAUUCAACCUUUAGAAACUUUGUUGGUCGGUUACAAGAGAAUUGUCGUCAAGGAUUCUGCUGUCAAUGCUGUCUGUUAUGGUGCCAAAUUGAUGAUUCCAGGUUUAUUACGUUAUGAAGAAGGUAUUGAGCUAUACGAUGAAGUCGUUUUAAUUACUACUAAGGGUGAAGCUAUUGCUGUCGCAAUUGCUCAAAUGUCAACUGUUGAUUUAGCAACCUGUGACCAUGGUGUCGUUGCUACCGUCAAGAGAUGUAUUAUGGAAAGAGAUUUGUAUCCAAGAAGAUGGGGGUUGGGACCAGUCGCACAAAAGAAGAAACAAAUGAAGGCUGAUGGUAAAUUAGAUAAGUAUGGUCGUACUAAUGAAAACACUCCAGAAGAUUGGAAAAAGAACUAUAAAUCUCUAGAAUCUACUCCAGCUACUACUGAAACUUCUGAAUCAGCUCCAUUGAUUAAGGAACUUGAAGUUAAGAAGGAAGAAGAAAAGGAAGAAAAGGAAGAGACCAAGAAGGAAGAUGAAGAAAAGAAGGAGAAGAAAGAGAAGAAGGAAAAGAAGGAAAAGAAAGAAAAGAAGGAGAAAAAGGAAAAGAAGGAAAAGAAGGAAAAGAAGAGAAAGGCUGAUGAUGAAGGUGAAACUGAGGAAAAGAAGAAGAAGAAAUCCAAGAAAUGA